AAAAAUAAAAAGGGAAAAGCAAACCCUUAAAAACCCUUACAGAGUUACAGCAGUAGAAGUUUUUCUCUCGAAACUUUCACCUUAUACUCUCUCAAUCACUGUGCGUUGAGGGUUUCUCCUUUCUGGAAUUACUGUGCGUUGCAUUUUCUCUCUCCCCAGAACAUGGAUACUUCAAGUCCUGCAGCAUUUGUCAAUGGAGAAACGCUUCGUAUGUAUAUUGGGCGUAAGGUUCGGUUAGUUAUCCAAGUGAUACAAUCUGAUGGCGGAUCUAUAAUUGGGAAAUCAACGGAUGAUCAUCAGCUCGUCAUUAAGGGUUCACAACCAACUCAUCCACUUACCACAUAUGUUGAAGUUAUUGGUAUUGCAGAUAGCAACCAAUCGGUUAUUGCUGACAUAUUGACCAACUUUGGUGAUAAUUUUGAUGCACAAAACUAUAAUCAACUAUGCCAGCUUGCUAAUGGGGAAUACAAACACUUGUUCAUUUGAGGCAUGGUUGUAAAAUGGCCUGUGUAUUCACAUUUAGUAAUCUGAUAUCUGAGUUUUAUCUUGAUAUACUUCCAGCUUUUUUUGAAAGCUUUGAAGCAACUUGAAAGUAGUACUUUGCAUAUGAUUAAUAUUCAAAAUCAAUGGUACGUUCAAAGUUUA